AUGACACGACAAACAAAUCCGACUCUUCCAGCAGUGUCUGUAGCAGAUGCACCUCCUGAAGCUACUCAAAGUCCAUUCCAACAAACCAAAACUAAUGAAUUCAUUCCUCCACCAAGGUUCAUCGUCGAGGACCAUCCUGAAGCUUACAAUAAUCGAUAUGAAAUUGAAAGUGAGUCUGAAAAUGAAAAUGAAGAUGAGGAGAAUCAGACUUACACUACCUAUCCAGCUGGAGUGUCUGACAGAGCUGCUGCUAAGAAACUAAGAGAACCACUUGUUCUUCUUCUGAAGAAUAUGUUAGAUCAGUGUAACCCUCAUGUCAAGGCUUUUAGGUCUGCAAGAGACAGAUUCGACGUGGAAGGAUCAACAGAAUCGAGUAGACAGCGUUACUUGUGGCUGAAUCAGAAAAAGCUCCGGUCAAGUAGUUACGCUGCAAUCCAGAAAGCAGCUACAAGAGCUGGAGCUAAGAUGACUGAGCAAGGGAGCCAAAUUUUCAUUCCAGCAACUUUCACCGGUGGAAAAAGGUAUAUGAAGCAGCACUACUAUGAUGCCAUGGCUCUGUGCAAAUACCAUGGAUUUCCAGAUAUUUUCAUCACUUUUACGUGCAAUCCAAAAUGGCCUGAAGUUACAAGGUAUCUGAAAAAAUAUAACCUGACCACCGAAGACAGACCAGAAAUAUUGUGUAGAGUUUUCAAGAUGAAACUCGAUAAUCUUAUCGGCGAGUUGACUAAAAAUAACGGCUCCUUAUUUGGGCCUGUUGCUGCAGUAAUGUACACGAUUGAGUUUCAGAAAAGAGGAAUGCCACACGCUCAUAUUCUUGUCUUCAUGGAAAAAGGAUCAAAAUUUCCAACAGCCGAUGAUAUAGAUAAAAUUAUUUCCGCUGAAAUACCAGACAAGACAGUAGAUUCAGACCUGACAUCGAUUGACGCAAAUGGAUUUCCAGCUUACAUGCGUCGGAUUGAUGGUAGGUUCAUUGAGAAAAAUGGAAUCAGAUUAGACAAUGGAUUUGUUGUACCAUACAACAGAGACCUCAUGCUUCGAUAUCGCGCGCAUAUGAAUGUCGAGUGGUGCGUCCAAACACGAGCUGUUAAGUAUCUUUUCAAAUAUAUCCAUAAGGGACCUGAUUAUGCCUCAGCUGCAAUGGAUAAAGAAGAUGAAGAUGGCGUCAUUGACGAAAUCAAAACAUAUUACGACUGCAAGAUAUAUUACUGCAUGCGAGUCGUCGUGGCGGAUUCUUGCUUUUCCUACACAUUUUCGUACUACUUCUGUAGAGAAACUUGGCUUUCAUCUUCUGGAUCAGGAACUGGUACGAGAGAAUGGGUACCACGGAAACGAGGCUUUGCGAUAGGGAGGAUUGCGCAUAUUCAUCCAUCAGGUGAUGAGCUAUAUUUCUUAAGAGUAUUGCUAAAUUGGGUAAGAGGGCCGACAUCAUACGAGGAUAUAAGAACAGUUGAUGGUGUUUUAUAUCCUACAUACGAAGAUGCUUGCUAUGCGUUGGGAUUGAUGGAUGAUGACAAGAAAUUCAUAGAAGCUAUCAAAGAUGCCAGUGACUGUAGUUCUGCCACGUAUGCCAGGAAGCUUUUUGCGAGAAUGUUGGUUUCCAAAUCUUUGUCUCAGCCUCAUGUUGUGUGGGAAGCUACUUGGGAGUAUCUUACCGACGAUAUUCUUUACAAGAAGCGGCGAGAAACUGGACGACCUGAUAUGAACUUGACCAUAGAGCAGAUCAAAAAUAUUGCUCUUACUGAGAUCGAAAAUCAUUUGCUCAGCAAUGGUCGUAGCCUCAAGAAAUGA